GACAGUACGGUAAUGCCAGAGAGGAGGUCCCGGAAACUACUGCGAAACAGAGGAAGACUUCAGUCAGUUUGAAUAAGAUUUGCAUGCUGAGAUGAGGUUUGCCCUGUUAGUACAUCUCCUCUGGCUGCAUUUCGCAGCAGAAAGCUUCAUUCGAGGAGAGGAGGUCCACAGGAAGCCCAACAUUGUCCUGAUGAUGGUGGAUGACUUGGGCAUCGGUGACAUUGGCUGCUACGGCAAUGAUUCCAUCAGGACUCCGAACAUCGACAGGCUGGCCUCUGAAGGGGUGAAGCUGACUCAGCACAUCGCAGCUGCUCCUCUUUGCACGCCGAGCAGAGCCGCUUUUGUGACGGGCCGCUACGCAGUCCGUUCAGGAAUGACGAGCGUGGGGCGCGUCCAGGUGCUGCUGUUUCUGGGAGGCUCUGGGGGGCUUCCCCCUGACGAGACCACCUUUGCUAAAAGGCUUCAGCAGCAAGGAUACACCACUGGUCUAGUGGGUAAAUGGCACCUGGGUGUGAGCUGUGAGCGCAGAGGGGAUCACUGCCAUCACCCCAACCAGCACGGCUUCAGCUACUUCUACGGCCUGCCGUUUACUCUGUUCAAUGACUGCGUGUCAGGGGAGGGCAGCGACGUGCUGGCAGACCUCCAGGAAAAACUCCAAAAUCUGGCCAUGCUGUUUGGACUCACUCUGGUGUGUGUCCAUGUAUGUGGCCUGUUUGAAGCCAGGCCGUGGCUCGUGGUGCCACUUUUAUUUCUCACCAUCCUAGCAACCGCAGUGUGGUAUGUGCCCUUUAAGCUGGUGCCAACCUGGAACUGCAUCAUCAUGAGGAACCAAGAAGUCAUUGAACAGCCAAUGACAGUGGAGACCCUGCCCCAGAGACUGCUGGGAGAAGCUCAGAAUUUUAUAAGGAGGAAUGCCGAUCGUCCCUUCCUCCUCUUUUUCUCGUUGGCUCACGUUCACGUGCCGCUGUUCAAAAAUCCUGCCUUUGCUGGCAAGAGUCGCCACGGUCGCUAUGGUGACAAUCUGGAGGAGAUGGACUGGAUGAUUGGUCAGCUAACGGAGACAGUGGACUCCCUCGGACUGGCCAGCAAUACUCUGAUAUACUUCACAUCAGACCACGGUGGACACCUGGAGGACUCCGAUUCCACCACUGGACAGAAAGGAGGCUGGAACAGUUUAUACAAAGGGGGGAAGGCCAUGGGGGGCUGGGAAGGAGGCAUCCGGGUCCCGGGGAUUUUCCGCUGGCCUGGCAGACUGGCAGCAGGAAGAGUUGUGGAUGAGCCCACCAGCCUCAUGGAUCUGUACCCCACCCUGAAAUAUUUAGCUGAGGAUACACUGCCUGACAGGCUGUUAGACGGCCAUAACCUCAUGCCGCUGCUGGAGGGAAAAGUUGGACGAUCGGACCAUGAAUUCAUGUUUCACUACUGUGGCAUUUACCUGAACGCUGUGCGAUGGCACCCGCCUGGAAGUGACUCCAUCUUUAAGAUACACUUUUUCACUCCCAACUUCUCACCCCCGGGUGCUGUUGGAUGUUACGACACACACGUGUGCAUGUGCCACGGAGAGCAUGUGACGCACCACAACCCGCCGCUGCUGUACGACCUGUCCCGCGACCCCUCGGAGUCCAGACCUCUGAGCCCAGAGACCGAGCCGCGGUACGCUGAAAUACUCGAACAGACCGCCACCGCGGUGGCCAGACACGAGAGCACCCUCACGAGCGGACAGACGUCGGAUGAGGCUCGCCCACACGCGGUUCAAGUUCAGAUGACUUGGGAGAAAAUCUUGUGGAGACCCUGGCUUCAGCCCUGCUGUGGGACGUUUCCGUUCUGCAGGUGCAAAGAGAACAUGACACAUGUUGUAGAUCAAAAAAUCCAAGAGUAGAUCGAGUUUGUGGUUGGAGCCUGGUGAAACUGUUCUCAGAGAAACGACAAACUGCAGGUGGUGGAAAAACAGUUUAACACUGUCAUGUUGCAUCCUGGCAUGAGAGGACAAUGUCCGCCCCUUCAAUCUGUUACUUCUUCUUUUUUACCUUCUUUUUUCAGCUAGUGUAGACGACAGAGGGAUUUGAGACUUCACAAGGUGAAUUCAUGUCAGGACAAAGUUGCAGUUGUAAAAUAACUGCAACUAGAAAUAAUCGUCAGAAUGACAAGAGUCACUCAGGACUCAUUAAUCUUGCAUUACAGGUUUUUACCAAAGAACGGUGCCUUGAGUGACUCAAAUGAGGCGCAGGGGGGAAAUGGAACCAAAUAACUUCAGGCCUUGCUGUUACACAGUGUUGGAAACUACUGGAUUGAAAUGUACACCAUGUACUGUACGCACCUCGUCUGAAACAAUAUCUACCAGCCAAGAGGAACAAUCAAAACUAAAAGCUCAGUCAGAUGAAAUGCUGUCGUCCUACUUUUUGCGACAGGUUUUACUUAAAUGUUAGUUCUACUUGAUAGAUAAAGACGCCUUUUGAAAGUGUGACAGCCAUCACGUCAUGCUCUUCUCUUUACUAUUAAAUAUGAUUAAUCAAAAUCAAUCAUCGCAUAACAGGGAUUUAUAAUUUAUUAAAAAUGUUUUGCACAAAAAUGAGGACUUAGAAUAAAUUAAUACAAAAUAAAUGAAUGAAACGAUACAAAAGGAUGAAGUGAAGGAACUUUUGCACUUUGACUGUAUUCACACUGUUUCUGGAAUUACUCCAUUAUUAUACUGAGAAAAUACAUUUGAGCCAGAAGAGACAACGUUUACUUUAUCAAUUUAGAAGAUAAGAAUGUUACAUUUGAUGUUAAAAUGCCAUUAUUUUUGUUACAUGUUACACAAUAAACAAGCUUUUCUCUUGCA